UGAGUGCAAUAAAGUUUCUUCAGGGAGGCCGGGCCGGGGAGAAAGUUGGAACGGCAACCUGAGGAGGCAGUGGCGUGAUCCGGAACCAAAUCGGGCCGCGGUGCGGUGCGGAGACUCCAUGAGGCCCUGCUUUCCUGGAAGCCCCACCCCCGGACAUGCCUCCAAGCCCUAGUGCUCGAGACCUGACGGUGGUCCUUCCAAUUCCCCGAGACUCCGCCUCCUCGCGACGGGUCUCCGUUAACUCCCGUCCGUCAAAGAGCCUGUCUCCCGAAAGCGGAGAGCCCCGCCCCGCGGAGGACGCUGGGGACUCGGGAAGCCACGCCUCCCCGAGGCCCCGCCUCUUCCCCACCGCGUCGGGGUGAGCGGACACCCCGCCUCCCAGAAGACUCUGGAGCCUGCGACCUGGGGGCCACGCCCCCUGAGGGGCUGCUCGGGGGGCGACCCCGGUCUCCGCCUCGGAAGCGCGGUCCCCAGCCCCGAAGCCCCCGGCUCACACAGUUCCCUUUUCUCUUUUGGGCCUCGGGCUCCGUUUUCCUGAGCGCUCGUGCCGCAGCAGGCGGGAAGUCAAAGUGCCCCCGCCCGGCUCUGAGCGGCGAGAGGUUAGAGGCAGCCCUUGGCCUCCCCCUGCCCCCUGCCCGGGGGGGGGGGCCGGCGUGAAGGGGGCUGGGCUUGCUCCGGGGCUCCCCCUCCCAGGACCGACUCCGCCCCAGGGACAGCUGCAGGUCUCACACCUGCACCUCGGGAGCUGGUAGGGCCGUGGGCUUGUCGGCGUGCGACCUGUGGGUGCGACAGGAGCGAGCGCUGUCCGCUGCCAGGGGACGGCGGCUUGGAGGGGUGGAGGGGACAAGCGGCCCUUUUGCAGGGACUCCUCAGCCCCCACCGUUCCUUUGGCCCUUCCCCUCCCCCUAAGCGGAGUUCUUGCCUGGGCAUUCCUCCUGGGCCUGCUCGCCCAGCCUUCCUUCUGGAAACAUUCCUGAGGCUUUCGCCAUUUCCUGCUACUUGCUGCCUCCUCCCUGCUGGGCUGGGAAGCCACCAGCGGCUUCUCCCCCACACCGGCCACCCGGACUCUCAGGAGGCAGUCCCCUUCUUUCCUAUGCAAAUUUAAAAAGCCCUACUUCCUCUUUUUUUCCGAAAGCCCACACCUGUCGGUCGUUCCCGGCCUCCGGAUUCGGCGGGCUCCCGCGGCAGGGGGCCGCCCUGGCAGGUGUGGGGGAGUGAGGCUGUGGCGGGGCCUUUCCGCAUUCUCCCGCAGCCUGAGACGUGGAGUGAUAGAAUCGUGCUCAGGAGUGACCAGGCUGUCCUCGGAUGAGGGCUAGGGCAGGAGAAAGUUCAGUGGUGGCAUUAUCAAUUGUGAUCGUAUCAUCGGCUGCAUCCUUAAGUAGAUUUGAGAGUAGGUAUUCCCCGGGUGAGCGCGGGGGUUCUGCGUAGCUUUUGCCACUUGUUUGCGAUCGCCCCCCUUCCUCCACGGCCCCCUCAAGCAGAGCUGUGGCAGGAAGCUGUGGGUGGGAGGGAUGGGUUUGAGCUGUUCCCUGUGUCCAGCCUCAGCCCAUCCCUGACGCCCCUUGACACGGAUUUGCAUUCUGCCCCCUCUGUCCCUUCGUGGCCUGCGGCCCCCACUUGUGUCGGAGGACUUUUCACUGUCCCAUGUUCUUCAGUCACACUGUGGCCCCUGGCGGACACCAGCAUCUUCCCCGGUCACCGGCGCGAGAGAGUGCGUUCAGGGAGCCGACCUCAGUGUCCGUGUCUUGCCACCCACCCACCAUCCACAGCUUGCUUUGCUAACUAGGCCCCGGGGGGGGGGGCGCAAGAGUGCGGGGCGCUGCUCCUCGGCAUGGUGGGGGCUGCGCAGAGAGAAUGAGGCUCCGACCGCCUGUCCUGUGCUCUGCUCUGCCUCCCACCGGGUGGUUCCCUGAGGCACCUCCCAGGUUGGAGUUUGUUCCCCUUAGGCACUGGCUUUGCUCUGCCCACCGGGACCGCUUCCAUCUUUUCCCCAUUUCUUUACCUCCUGUCCACAGCUGGUGUGGCAGAGGGUGCUAAUGGCCCCGGCUCCCUAGGGCCACCACCCCACUGUGCCAUCGCAGCGGGGGUAGCCAGGCCUGGGCUGCGGGAGGGGGGAAUUUGUUCCACUGGGACAGGAAGGGAAGUGCUGAGCUCGGGGUCCCCUCCCUUUCCCACCCCCAGCGGCCUCUGUUUCCUCUCUCAUUCCCCCAUUACUCUCCCGCGGCUUCCUGCUCCCUUUGGCCUGCCCAUGUCCUGUUUGGAUUGAUCCAGACCAACCCUUGUUUCCCUCCUUCCCUUCUCAUGCCUACAUCCUUCCCUCCCACCCCCACUUUACUCCCCUCGCCGGAUUACUGGUGGUUUGUCUGGGGGCAGGGUGGGGACUCGGUCCCUGCCCGAGUUCUCGGCUGGGGCAGUGGUGGGGGUUCAGCCCCUCGGAGCCUGUGAGUCAGCAGUGUCCUCGGGAUUGGGCUCUCGCCUCAGCUCCCCGCCCCUGGGGAGGAGCCAGGCCGCUCCGGGUCCAGCCUGUUCUCCUCUCCACCGGAGAAGAGGCUCCAGGCUGGGCGGGGAUGGGGCCUGAAACUAGCUGCCUCUGAGCGGUGGGGGGGGCACCAGCGCCGCCUCUCCCUCUCCCUUCCCAGGAUCCUUGAGAUCCCCGGGCCAGAGCGGUCCCAUCAGGCUAAGGGGCUGGGGAUGCCCCCUGCCUGGCCCCCUUGCCCUGACUGGCAGGGGGGCCGGGCUGGCCAGCAGCCUUCCUCCCCUUCCAGCCAUGGAUCUCCUGCCCCCCAAGCCCAAGUACAACCCACUUCGGAAUGAGUCUCUCUCAUCGCUGGAGGAGGGGGCUUCGGGGUCCAGCCCCCCGGAAGAGCCGCCUUCCCCGUCAGCCUCGUCUCUGGGGCCUAUGCUGCCACCUCUGCCUGGGGAUGAGAGUCCCACCACUCUGUGCUCCUUCUUCCCCCGGAUGAGCACCCUGAAGCUGGCCAACCCAGCGGGGGGGCGCCCGGGGCCGAAGGGGGAGCCAGGGAGGGCAGCCGAGGACGUGGAGGGGGGCGUAGGGGUGGCCGCGCCAGACUCAGGCCCCCUGCCCCUCCUCCAGGACAUGAACAAGCUGAGUGGAGGCGGCGGGCGCAGGACUCGGGUGGAAGGGGGCCAGCUGGGGGGCGAGGAGUGGACCCGCCACGGGAGCUUUGUCAAUAAGCCCACGCGGGGCUGGCUGCAUCCCAACGACAAAGUCAUGGGACCCGGGGUUUCCUACUUGGUUCGGUACAUGGGCUGUGUGGAGGUCCUGCAGUCGAUGCGCGCCCUGGACUUCAACACCCGCACCCAGGUCACCAGGGAGGCCAUCAGUCUGGUGUGUGAGGCCGUGCCCGGUGCCAGGGGGGCGACGAGGAGGAGAAAGCCCUGUGGCCGCCCACUCAGCUCCAUCCUGGGGAGGAGUAACCUGAAGUUUGCAGGGAUGCCGAUCACUCUCACCGUCUCCACCAGCAGCCUCAACCUCAUGGCCGCAGACUGCAAGCAGAUCAUCGCCAACCACCACAUGCAGUCUAUCUCAUUUGCGUCCGGUGGGGACCCGGACACAGCUGAGUACGUCGCCUAUGUUGCCAAAGACCCGGUCAAUCAGAGAGCCUGCCACAUCCUGGAGUGUCCCGAAGGGCUUGCUCAGGACGUCAUCAGCACCAUCGGCCAGGCCUUCGAGCUGCGCUUCAAGCAGUACCUCAGGAACCCGCCCAAGCUGGUCACCCCUCACGACAGGAUGGCUGGUUUUGACGGCUCGGCUUGGGACGAGGAGGAGGAAGAGCUGCCUGACCACCAGUACUAUAAUGACUUCCCGGGGAAGGAGCCGCCCCUAGGGGGAGUGGUGGACAUGAGGCUUCGGGAAGGAGCCCCCCCGGGGGCUGCUCGACCCACCCCUCCCGGUGUCCCGACCCCCAGCCACCUGGGAGCAACGCUGCCUGUGGGGCAGCCGGCUGGGGGGGACCCAGAAGUUCGCAAACAGACGCCAGCCCCUCUGCCCUGCCCAGCAGGUAGAGAGCUCUUCGAUGAUCCUUCCUACGUCAACGUCCAGAACCUAGACAAGGCCCGGCAAGCAGGGGGUGGGGCCGGGCCCCCCAAUCCCGCCAUCAACGGCAGCGCCCCCCGAGACCUCUUUGACAUGAAGCCCUUCGAGGAUGCCCUCCGCGUGCCCCCACCUCCCCAGUCGGUGGCCAUGGCCGAGCAGCUGCGAGGGGAGCCCUGGUUCCAUGGGAAGCUGAGCCGGCGGGAGGCCGAGGCCCUGCUGCAGCUCAACGGGGACUUCCUGGUGCGGGAAAGCACGACCACGCCGGGCCAGUACGUGCUCACCGGCCUGCAGAGCGGGCAGCCCAAGCACCUGCUGCUGGUGGACCCGGAGGGCCAGGUUCGGACAAAGGAUCACCGCUUCGAGAGCGUCAGCCACCUCAUCAGCUACCACGUGGACAAUCACUUGCCCAUCAUCUCUGCGGGCAGUGAACUGUGUCUCCAGCAGCCUGUGGAGCGGAAGCUGUGAUCCAGCAAAGUGCUUUCUCCCCGAAGGGGCCUUCCCCCCUUCCACCCUGUUCAUUGAUUCUCAGGACUUGACUUGGGAGUGUUCUGUGGGCUGGGCCUUGGGUUGGAGCUGGGCGUAGUGUGGAUACCGGGCAGCGCCGGCUGAAAGAGGGUUUGUCAGAAGCCUGGGGUAGAAUCCUCGUUCUCCCCGAACCUUACCAAAGUAUUAACGUGCAGAGUAGCCCCUUCCCUGGGCCUCUCCUGUGCCAAUCUGAUACCCCCUUCCCCAGGAAGGUGGGUGCUUGAGGCCUGGGCAGUGUGCCGCUUUGAAACGAGAAAAGUCUAACGGGGCAGUCGCCUUUCCAGGGAAGGGGAACAAAUCACACCUUUUGUCUACCCUUGGGCUCAGGGUACCCCAGACCCUUCUCAACAACCCUCCCUCCCAGUGGUUAAACUUUGUGCCUUUGACCAUCUCCUAGGUCUGAAAAAAUAUUAUGCAAAGAGUUCUUGAGCCUCUGAGGUCGAGGAUGGGAGUGCUGACAUCUUGGUUUCGGGGACCCUGCCCUCCCUCUCCCUGCUCGGCACCCACUCCACUCCGGUUUAGGUUGGGAAAGCAGAGGCAGGAAUGGCAGCUGGUCCCCGUCCCCGGGGAAAUGCGACCCUUAGAGAUUGCCUCAGAGCCCCCUCUUCCUGGCCAGUGGGGAGAUGGACCCCUCCCUUGCUCAGUGCCUCCUGGUGGGGGGGGACCCUCACCCAAGGGGUCUGUAUAUACAUUUUGUAAGUCCCUCCCCCACCUCAGAGUUGCAUGCAUCUUACACUCUACAGCCAAAGUGUCGCUCUGGUCCUGCAGCCUCUACUCUGCCUCCUCCUGCUGGGGGGGGCCGGAUUCAGGUCCCCCGAGCUGGUAACUGGUUUUGUGAGGCAGGGGCGACGGCAUUGAGACUAAAGCAGUAGACAAUCCCCAAAUACCAUUUGUAGGUUUGGAACUACAUUUAUUUUGAUUUUAUACGCAUAUAUUUUAGGGCUGUGGAUUUACUUUCCUUAUUUGUUUUCCCUGGCUUAUCUUGAGCACAGAAUGAUAAUCAGUUACGUGUACACACUACCCCUUUGCCUUUUCAAACCCUUUUACAACGCCUGGCAUUUCCCUCCUCCCGGCCUCUGCACCAUCUUUUCCACCAGAGACUCUGCCCUGGGAAGCGGAUCGAGAGCCUGGACCAGGAAAGCCUGGGCCUGCCCCGAGGCCCCGGCGGCCUAUACGCGGUCUGAGCUUUGUCAGGCCGACGUGCCCCCCCCGCCCUCCCGCGGGAGCCAGCCCUGCUGCUGGGGGCUCCGCCUGCGGACGAGGGAGGGGGAAGGGGGGUCUCCACGAUCUUCGUUUUCUUUUUGUUUGGGUGUCUUCGCGGGUCUCACUUAUACCAAAGGGAAAUCCUCUUCAUUAAAGUCCCUGUUUCUUCUA